GGCUACGCGUGCGCGGUGGGCGGAGCGCGGCUCUUCUACCUCCUUUGCCAGCCUAAGUCUUCCCAUCCUUGCCCAGCCAGCGUGGUUGGUGUUCGUGUUUCCGAACCUCGUCGCGGAGAGUCGCUGCCGAGUGGGCGCUCGGUGUUCGGGUCGUCAUGGCUAGUUACGAAUACGUGAGCCCGGAGCAGCUGGCUGGCUUUGAUAAGUACAAGUACAGUGCUGUGGAUACCAAUCCGCUCUCUCUGUAUAUCAUGCAUCCAUUUUGGAACACUAUAGUAAAGGUAUUUCCUACUUGGCUGGCUCCAAAUCUGAUCACCUUCUCUGGCUUUCUGCUGGUUGUAUUCAAUUUCCUGCUUAUGGCAUACUUUGAUCCUGACUUUUAUGCUUCGGCACCAGGUUACAAGCACGUCCCUGAUUGGGUUUGGAUUGUAGUGGGCAUCCUCAACUUCAUAGCCUACACCCUGGAUGGUGUGGAUGGAAAGCAAGCCCGGAGAACCAAUUCCAGCACCCCUUUAGGGGAGCUUUUUGACCAUGGCCUGGAUAGUUGGUCAUGUGUUUACUUUGUUGUGACUGUGUAUUCCAUCUUUGGACGAGGACCAUCUGGUGUCAGUGUUUUUGUUCUUUAUCUCCUGCUAUGGGUAGUUUUGUUUUCUUUCAUCCUGUCCCACUGGGAAAAGUAUAACACAGGAAUUCUUUUCCUGCCGUGGGGAUAUGACAUUAGCCAGGUGACUAUAUCUUUUGUCUACAUAGUGACUGCGAUUGUGGGAGUUGAGGCCUGGUAUGAACCUUUCCUGUUUAAUUUCUUAUAUAGAGACCUAUUCACUGCAAUGAUUAUUGGUUGUGCGUUAUGUGUGACUCUUCCAAUGAGUUUAUUAAACUUUUUCAGAAGCUAUAAAAAUAACACCUUGAAACACAAUUCAGUCUAUGAAGCUAUGGUUCCCUUUUUUUCUCCAUGUUUGCUAUUCAUUUUGUCUACAGCAUGGAUCCUUCAUUCGCCUUCUGAUAUUUUAGAGUUGCAUCCUAGAGUUUUCUACUUUAUGGUUGGAACAGCCUUUGCCAACAUCACAUGUCAGCUGAUUGUUUGUCAAAUGAGCAGCACCCGGUGCCCAACUUUGAAUUGGUUCCUGGUUCCUCUUUUCUUGGUUGUCCUGGUGGUGAACUUUGGAGUAGCCUCUCACGUUGAGAGCGUUCUCCUGUAUACUUUAACAGCUCUUUUCACUCUGGCCCACAUCCAUUAUGGAGUACAAGUGGUAAAGCAGCUGAGCAGCCAUUUUCAGAUUUAUCCCUUCUCGUUGAGGAAACCAAACUCAGAUUGACUAGGAAUGGAAGAAAAGAAUAUUGGCCUGUAACCUACAGAAAAAAGUACUGUAAAUAAGAUGCUUGUAAAUAUUUCAUCCAUCACCAUUGAACUAAACGGACCUGCUUAACAGACCUGGGAACUCAAGUGUGUAUAGUACUUGGACGGCAGGAGUGAUACAAAUGAUCUGAACUUACGGAAUUUUGGACCUACUAACUCCCAGCUUAUUUUAUUUUUUAUAAAACCAUGUGGCAUUUUGGUUAAGCAUGAUGUACUUUAGACCAGCAAAAUGUUUCUGUGAUUUUAGCUUCAUGAGUCUAUAAUGUUUUGGUUCAUACAGAGUUAAAGAUGCUUUGUUUUUAUUUUUAAAGUCCCCAGAUUGGUUUAGGAAUACUGAUAACAUUAAGAAAACUGCAAAAUGUUUUCAUAUUUGGUACUACUUUAGUAGUAGGUCUGUAGUAGUGGAAGUUAUCAAUAGCCCAAAUCUAAUAAGGGAAAAGAUAAGAGCAAGCCACCUUUAGCAAGAGAUGCCAAAUGAUUACAGAACUAUAAUGUACAGUUGCCAAAUACUGGUUUCUCUUUCCCAUGGAAAUGCCUUUUUUUCCUCAUGUGCUAAGAGAGCUAGUAUAUAUAUUCAGAUUCUCUAGUAUUCUGGCUCUCUUUGGGAGCAAUCUUGAUAAAUGAUUUAAUUUUCUUUUAAAGAAAAAUGUUCGAUUGAGACUUAGAGAGUGGAUCAUAAUUGUAGCUCACCCAUUGACAUGGUUCAUCGUUUAAAUGUGGCAUUUCACCCCUGAGCUACAAGUUGCUGAGAUUUGGUGCCUGUAAACUAUGAUUAUACGAAUGCAUGUGACAGUCCCAGUCUUAUGAUAAUUACUUGUAGGGAACACAGGUAAACUUCCUUAUAAGAGAAAUUUACUUUGGAGUUAGAAAUCUCAUGAGCCUCACCAUGAAUUCCUGCCGUGAACCUCACUACAGAAUUAGUUUUCUUAUUCAGUUUGCCCGUCUGUCCGUCCGUCCGUCCUUCCCUCCCUCCCUCACUCCUCCCUCCCUCCUUCCCUCCCUUCCGCCCUCCCUCUAUCUGUCUCUUUUUUAUGGAGGAAAGAGUGCUGUGUUUUUUAUUUCAUACAGGGCGGAGAAGUAGAAAUUCUUUCUUCCCUAACUCGCCCACUUCCCCACUUGAAGCAAGUUUUUGAUAUAUAUGCCUCACUGAGUACCUACUCUCUUUAAUAUGACUUGGAAUAAUUUUUGAGGUUUAUUGACAAACAUAAAAAUCCCUUUGACUUCAGUGUGGUUGUUUUAUAGAUCACACCUUUUCAUGAAUGUGGAUAUUUUAUUUCUUUUUGACUUUGUCUCCAUUUAGUUUGGUGGUGGUGAAAUUUGCUGACUUUUAUUUUCCACUGAAUGAAGUUUGUGCUUGAAUGAAGAGUGUAUCUUAAACCACCCCCCCUUUUUUUGGACGGAUUGCACUUGGAUAAAAUAGGCACCACUGUGUUGAUAUGUAAUUAAAUUCUUAACCAUUAUUUAUCUAUGAAUGCGACCAUUGUUAAAUUUAAUUAUAGUGUAUUCCUUUUUGAAUUUCAGUCUGCUGCUUUGUAAAAUUAACUAUGUAGUCGAUAUUUCAGUUUUUAAAUUUGUAAAUCCUAAUCAUUGCCAUCUAGGUUAUUAGAAAUGAGGAGUCAAGGAGCUAACUCAUGGUUCUGUACUCAUUUUUAAAAACGGUUCAUAAGGAUUGAGGUAUAUUCGGUGACUUUUUCUGAGACUCAACAUGGGAGAAGUCGAUGCUGGAAAAUGUGGCUAGUGAUUCCAUGUUUGUUAAUAAGUUGCCAUCAUGAGAUCAGAGAAUGAACAAAUUAAGUAACAGUAACUCUGUUUUUUGUAAACCUUGUUCUUUGUCAUCUGUAAAGUUGAACUGGAUCAAGUGGUAAUUUGGGCUGGGAACAAAGCUUUGUUUGUUCUAAGGUUUCUGAGCUAAUCAUUUUACGUUUUUGUUCCUCUUUUACACAAGAAUGAAAUUAAUCUGUAUUAUAUAAGAAAAGAACUGAGAAAUGUUUAUAAAAUGACAAAUUUGGACCACAGGCUUUCUUCACCUUGUACAGUAUAGUUAAAAAAAAAAAUACCCUUCUGGUGUAGGGUCAUGUUCUGUACUUUUGGGGCUAUUUUACCUCAAAGUGUCUUUCUGUUCUUUUUCUGUUGCAUGAAGUUUAUUUGAAAUUGUUUUGUGCCUGGACUUCAUGACCUAUUUCCCUAUUGGGGUAAAGAAUUAUGCCAUAGUUUUAUGGACACCAUUAGAUGAAAGGUGGCUGUCAACAAGGUGAAAGAGAAACUGAGUGAUGAACUGUUUCAGAAUACCGUGGACUUGUAAAUCUUCAGUGGACUGCUGAAGUUCUCUUAGUCCGCCAUCUUGAAAUGCAUCUUGAAAGGCCCCAUUUGUUGUGUAGUGAUAUAGCAGCUGAAGCAGGGCUUACUUGCAAAUAGCCCUGUGCAUUUGUGUCAUGCCAAUUAUCAUAACAUUUCCAAAGUAUGAAAGGUAUAUCAGGCUUAUGCAUGAUAUUUUGGGGUGAGUCUACCACCCCAGCCUUUCUCCCAGCAUACACUGAGCUGCCUUUAGGGGAGCAGUGGCAUGGUUGGUCAUACAUGCAUGUUUUCUGUACAUUUCAGAAUGGAGUGCCUUAGCCAGGCCAGAUGUUUGCUUUGUGUUUCUGCUAACCAAAGUUACCUGGACCUGUGAGAAGUUUCUUGUCAGGUUAUGGUAUGAAAAAUGUCCUUUCAUGCUUGUCAGAAAUUAAUUCCCCUGUAUUUGAGGGGGGCAUGGGAUAGAAAAAUCCUUAAAAUACCUGAAUAGAGUAUGUUAUUGCUACCUUUUUUGAUCCUUUACUAACAUUCAUGAUCUUUCGUGCAUUACACAGUUGAAGAUUGUCACAAUUGACACCGCCAUUCCUCCAUUUAUACAUAAUAAAUGUAGUUCAUGAGUUUUAGUCUCAAGGGUAAUAGAGUGAAUAACUUCCAAAUAAAAAACUAAAUAAUCCUUGGGUUUUUAAUAAUAUCAUCCUUAAAAUAUUUUAAAUUCUAAUUUUAAAAAAGCUCCAUGCUGAUUAUGGUCUAGAAUGUUCUACUACUACCAACAUGUCAUUUAUUUUAAUAUAGAGGUGUGGGGAAGAGGAGUAUAUGUCUAGAGUUGCCCGAAUUCUGAAUAGGUACCGAGAGAGCAUUCAUCAUACCUGGAGUCUGGGCUUUGGGGGAAUAUGGAAAGGAAAAAGCAGGCAUAGGGUCCAUCUGAAGGAGAAGAAGGGAUCUCCUUAAUGCACGGUGCCUGUCUUAGUGAUCCUAGUGCAGUGCAGCGUUUAAAAUCGUCACAAUUUAAAUCGUCAUUGCUCCACUAACUUUAAAUUCAAAUGUGAUUUUGAGACGUUCCCAAGUGUUUAGUUUUCAAAGACUUUAUUUUGAAGUCAGUCAAAAAACAUUAGGAAUGUAACUUGCUUUCUAAAGUAGACUUUGAUUCUCUAACCUGUGGAAAAUGAAAAGAUAAACUGAAGGUGUUUGAAUCAAAGGGCGCUUUUCCCCUUUAUAUUUUAAUUAGAAGCCUGUGUGUAACUCUUCCUUUUCAUUCUUCACCCUGCCUCCCCCCCCUUUUUUUUUUAAGAUUUUAUUUAUUUAUUCGACAGAGAGAGAGACAGCCAGCGAGAGAGG